UGAACAUUUCGGAGGGCAGUACAUCUGUAAUAAGUUCAGCAUUUUGUGAGUUUGUUCAGUACAGAAUGACCGGGCGAGCUAGAGCCAGAUCGAGGGGACGAGCCCGUGGACAGGAAACGGGGCCUCCAGGAGUGCCCCCUUCAGAGGAGCCGAAGCGGGAAGCUCCCCCAGAUUCCGGCGACCUGGUGGGCCGAGGACGGCAGAGAACAUCUCCGGGAGCUGUAGCUAAGGAAGCUGUCCUUCAGAUCUCUGCCGGCUUUGCGCAAGUGAAAAUCGGAGAGAGAGGCGGCCGGCGUCGCGACUUCCACGAUGCUGGGAUCAACACCAGGCAAGCCAUGGAGCACGUCAAGGACUCCAAGUCAGGUGUCUCGGGGUCUCGCAUCGAGCUGAGGGCCAACUUCUUCCGCAUCCUGUCCCGGCCGCAGUGGGUGCUGUACCAGUACCACGUGGACUUUAACCCCCCCAUGGAGUCACGCCGCCUGCGCUCCGCCCUGCUCUUCCAGCACAACGAGACGCUGGGCACAGCGCGCACCUUCGACGGAGCCAUCCUCUUCCUCCCCCGGAGGCUCCACAGCACGGAAACAGUGCUGCACAGCGAGACCAGGCACGGCGAGAAGGUCAAGAUUACGGUCACGCUGACCAACGAGCUGCCCCCCACCUCCCCGGUGUGCCUUCAGUUCUACAACAUCAUCUUCAGAAGAGUGCUGAGGAUGAUGAACAUGCAGCAGAUCGGCCGCCAUUACUACAACCCCAGCGACCCCCUCAACAUCCCUCAGCACAGGCUGACGAUCUGGCCGGGCUUCACCACCACCAUCCUGCAGUACGAGUCGAGCAUCAUGCUGUGCACGGACGUGAGCCACAAGGUGCUGCGCAGCGAGACGGUGCUCAGCGUCAUGAGCCGGCUCCGCAAGGAGUGCGGCCCCGAGCACUUCCCCGAGGCCUGCGCCAAGGAGCUGCUGGGGCUCAUCGUGCUCACCAAGUACAACAACAAAACAUACCGGAUUGACGACAUCGCAUGGGAUCACACCCCCAACAACACCUUCAAAAGAGGGGACACAGAGAUCUCCUUCAAGAACUACUACAAGACUCAAUACGGACUGGACAUCGCCGACGGCAACCAGGUGCUGCUGAUCAGUCGCGUGAAGAGGGUGGGCCCUGCGCAGGGCCCCGCGGGAGACCGGCCCCAAGGCCCCGCCAUGCUGGUGCCUGAGCUGUGCUACCUGACCGGCCUGACGGACAAAAUGCGCAGCGACUUCAACAUCAUGAAGGACCUCUCCUCACACACCAGACUUAAUCCAGAGCAGAGAGAGAAUCGCCUCAGCCGCUUCAUCACCAAUAUUCAUAAGAACACAGAAGCUCAGAUGGAGCUGAACACCUGGGGGCUGAACUUUGACAACAAGCUGGUGAACAUUCAGGCCCGAGUCCUCCCUGCGGAGAGGAUUGUGCAGGGGCCCAAGACGUACGAGUACAAUCCCUGGAUGGCUGACUGGUCGAAGGAGAUGCGGGGGCUGCCUCUGAUCCGCUGCCUCUCCCUGGACUCCUGGCUGAUGUUCCACACCCGGCGCAACGCCGACAUGGCCCAGGCCCUGCUGCAGACUUUGAACCGAGUGUCCCAGCCCCUGGGCAUCAGGAUGCAGAGAGCAGUCAUGGUGGAGUACGAUGACAGGCAGGAGGCUUUACUCAGAGCUCUGCAGCAGAACGUCGGCCAAGGUACUCAGAUGGUGGUGGUGAUUCUCCCCUCCAACCGGAAGGACAAGUACGACUGUGUGAAGAAGUACCUGUGUGUGGAGUGUCCCACGCCCAGCCAGUGCGUGGUGGCUCGAACCCUCAGCCGGCCCCAGGCCCUCAUGACCAUCGCCACCAAGAUCGCCCUGCAGAUGAACUGCAAGAUGGGCGGAGAGCUGUGGAGCGUGGAGAUCCCGCUCAAACAUCUGAUGAUCGUGGGGAUUGACUGUUACCAUGACAUCGCUGCUGGGAAGAGGUCUAUCGGAGCCCUGGUGGCUAGCCUCAACCAGGGAAUGUCAAGAUGGUUUUCCAAGUGUGUGAUGCAGGACCGUGGACAGGAGAUCAUGGACGGCCUGAAGGUGGCGCUGCAAGAGGCUCUGAAGGCUUGGCUGAAGUACAACAGCUGCCUGCCCUCCCGCAUCAUCGUGUACAGGGACGGGGUGGGCGACGGCAUGCUGCAGAGCGUGGUCAACUACGAGGUCCCGCAGAUCAUGGACUCCAUCAAGGCCCUGGGGCAGGACUACGCGCCCAAGCUCUCGGUGGUGGUGGUGAAGAAGCGGAUCAGCUCCAGGUUUUUCGCCCGGAUCGACGGGAAGCUGGCGAACCCGCCGCCCGGAACGGUCAUCGACACGGAGGUGACUCGUCCCGAAUGGUACGACUUCUUCAUCAUCAGCCAGGCUGUUCGCAUGGGGAGUGUGUCUCCGACUCACUACAACGUGGUGUUCGACAGCAACGGCCUCAAACCAGACCACAUGCAGCGGCUCACCUACAAACUGUGCCACAUGUACUACAACUGGCAGGGGAUCAUCCGUGUGCCUGCACCCUGCCAGUACGCCCACAAGCUGGCCUUCCUGGUGGGCCAGAGCAUACACAGGACCCCCAGCAUGCACCUGGACGACUUCCUCUACUACCUGUGAGAGGGAGUGGCGGCCGCACUCCCAUGUGGAUUCAGAAUGUCAGUUAAAAUUCUUCAUUUUAU